UACAAAACUUAAUCACUGAAUCUUGAAAAGGAGUUAGUUUAAGUAAGAUGAAGAUGAUCUAUGGAAAGUAGCAAGCAAAUCAAACAUAUUUCACAGAGAAUCCAAACUAGACAUGAAAAUUUUCCUCCUUACCUUCAUUUCCAUUUUCCACCUUGCACUAAGCCAAAAUGAGUGUCUCCCAGCAACAUGUGGCCCUUAUGCGCCUCUUGCCCGUUUCCCGUUCUGGAUAAAAGGUCGGCAACCAGCGCAUUGUGGGGGUUCGGAUUAUCAUGCAACGGAAGCAGAGCAGAUCUUGAUCUACUAUUCCCGGUGACAGCAUCAGCCACAAAUGUCAUGCUUCCAUUAAACAUGACAGUUGCAGUUUGGGAUAUCGAUUACAAAGCACAAAAGAUGCUGGUUAACUAUGUCCGGCCUCGCUCCUGCCUCCCAGAGAAGCUUCCCACUGUAAACUCUUCAGCUUCUCCAAUAUUCGAGGCAGAGGCAAUAGGAUAUGGUGAAGGAUCAACUCUAUUCAAUUGCUCCAACACAGGGAACUAUGAGGCAGUUGCUUGUCUUAGCCAGCCGCCGUUACAAAGUUAUUGAGUUUGGUUCUAUUUAUGACAUCACAUCCUUGCCCCCGUACUCGUCUUGUUUCAAGAUGUACAGCAUUUCAUACGUUCUAGACCGCGCAUUGACUGGAGGAGACGAUGAAUCUGGAUCUCGUUUUUAUCUCAAAUGGAGCAGGCCUUCUUGUGAUAAGUGUGAAGCACAAGGGGAUUAUUGUAGGUUGCAAAAUAGUUCUGCUGCAGAAGAAACUGAAUGCUUCACCCCUCAACAUGCUACAACAGGUGCAUCAACAAACCACAAACCACUUGCUGCAGGGAUUACAGCAGGGGUAAUACUCCUGGCAUUUACUGCGAUCGCCUCGUUAUUCAUCUUUAAGGCGGUGAAGAGAAGGAGAAAAGCAAACCAAAGGAUAGAAAAUUCUGUGAAAAAUCACAAGGAUAUGAGGCCAAGAAGAUACAGUUAUGCAGAUGUGAAGAGACUCACAAAUAAUUUCAAAGAGAAACUCAGCCAUGAAGCACUGCACAAAGGAAAGCUCUCAGAUGGAACUCCUGUCGCUGUCAAAGUGCUCGAUGCCUCUCAGCAAGACGAUGAGGCCUUCAUCACUGAAGUGGAGAUAAUAGGUGGGAUGCAACGUGUAAACAUCCUUCAAUUGAUUGGAUACUGCAUAGAUAGACGCAGAAGAGCUCUCAUCUAUGAGUUCAUGCAAGGUGGAACACUUGCUGACAUGGUUUUAUCUCGAGAAAACCAAAACCACACAGUUGGUUUGGAGAAGCAACAUCAGAUUGCACUAGGCAUAGCCAAAGGAGUUGAGUAUGUUCACCAUGAAUCAGCCCAGAAAUUCCUCAACUUGGUUUUGAAUCCUCGGAGUAUCUUGCUAGACCACAACUUCAACCCCAAAAUCAUAGUGUCUACGACGUCUGCUGAUGAAAGGACAUCACAAUAUACUGCUCCUGAGUUAUUCUCGUCUUCAUCAAACAUCAUACCACAGAAAGCAUAUGCUUAUGGUUUUGGCAUGCUGUUGCUGGAUAUGGUAGGCACAAGUGUGAGUACUUAUAGCCAUGGAGACGACAUCAGUGAUGCCCGCUUUCCAGAAUGGUUGUUUAAGGAGGAGAGAGAAGAAGAGAAAUUGAACGAAUCAGUGAAAAAAUUGUUGAUUGUUUGGGUAUGGUGUAUUCAGUGGUUUCCAUCCGAUCGUCCAUCCAUGAAAGCAGUGAUCGAAAUGCUUCAACAGCAAACCAUGCCUGCUAAUGCUAUGCCUCAAUGUCCUUUUCAUCUCAACACCCAAAAUUGAAUUACUUAUUUACAUUAUGCCUCAUUGUAUAUGUAUA